AAGGAUCUGGCCGAGGCUGGGUUCUGGGCCACGGGCACGGACUGCUGCGGGCGCCUGCGGGACUUCCGAUGCGGCGACGCGUUGGACCCUGACGCGCGCGCCGGCGCGGUGAUCUCGGCGGACUCGGGCGAGAGCACUUCGGAGACGUACGAGUCCUUCAGGCAUGCGGUGCGCCAGGCGGCCGCGAUCUACCACAUGAGGGCCCCCGAGGCGCCCAUUUUCGUGCGGUGGCUGAAGGAGCCAGAGGCGGAGCACGGAGGCCCGGAUCCAGGGGGACCCUCCCGCCUCUGGCGAGGAGAGGUGGCGACAAGAGCAUGACAGUCGAGGAACUCUUGCUUUUGCAAGCACGCGAGGCAGUAUGGUGCGGGGCAUGGUGAGCUUCUUGUUCGUGUCCGUUUUGUACCUCAUGGUAGCCAUUGCCUCCGCGCUCUGGUUCCACUGGUCGGCCAAUAAGAGGUGAGCUUCUUGAUUUGAGCGCACAGCCGAAUGCGGGGAGAGAGUUGCUUUCGAAAAACAAUGCGGGCACGCAUCGCGCUCUCAUAUGCCAUCCAAUCGUCGGUGCGGCCCGUCACCACUGUAGACCAGCGUUUGUGGAUUCUUCUUGAGCGGCAAUAUACGGCGGCACAUUGCACAGUGCAUGUCUGGGCGAAUGAGCUUCAUCGGAAUUCCGAACGACGCUGAAUUACACCCGCGGG